AGUACAGUAUAUUUAUGUUUCUAUUUCAUUGCAGAUUGUUUAAGAUAUACAAUGGCGGCAAAAAUGAUAUUUUUUGUAGUUGCAGCUGCUAUUGCUUAUGCAUUAUCUUUAAUCUUUGCGUAUCUCAACACAGCUAAAGUCAAAGGUUUAUACUAUAGCGACAAUGGCGAGGUCGAUGCGAAAUAUUACCAAGAAGCAUCUCCGAUCGGAACUGCAUUUGGGAUCGUCUGGCCAAUCAUCUAUUUGUGGAAUUUAGCAGGAAUUAUCUACAUGCUUGUGUCGCUAUGGUUACCGGAAAUCAAAAGUCCAUUAAAGACGAAUCCCCCCAUUUUGAACAAUGUUUUCUUUGCCGGUUAUAUCAUGUCGUUUUCCACAACUAUUGGAUGGCUGUUUGCAUUUGAUCGCGAAAUACUGGGCUUGGCAUUAGCACUGCUGAUUUUGGCAGUUGCUUCGGUUUACAUUGCCAUCGGCUCAUGUUGCAAAGCUCUCGCGCAUAAUGGCGCUUCCUUGACGCGGCUUCCUGAUCAAAAGAAAUCUGUAGAAUGGACCGUGAGAAUUGUGAUACAAAAUGGCCUUUCAACAUUUGCGACCUGGUUGACUGUGGCGACAUUAUUGAACUUGGCUGAUGUUAUUUUAUACCAGGACAGUUUUGGCAUCACACCUGCAGUACAACGUGGACUUAUCAGCAUUCAAAACGGCUCCACGGUGGUUUUGAUUAUUCUGCUUGCUAUAAUUAUCGCUUGGUUCAUCCUCGACAACUUUAUAUGGGACAAGUUCACUAGAUUCAUAUUCACCCCUUACGCUGUCUUAAUCUUGGCCCUGUCGGGAAUCAUUGCCAAGUUGCGUCCAGUCACCCAAUCUAACCCCCAAAACCUCAUCAUAGCCUCAGUAGAACUCGGGAUCGUCGUGAUAGCAUUACUUGCGAAAAUAUCCCUCGUCACUUACCGUUGCGUUACUCGUGGAACUGCUGUCUAAAUUGUAUUUGUAAUUCAGUUUAUUGACUUUGGAAAAAAAAUGAUGACCUAUACAUCUGUGACGUCACAAAAAUGAUGACAUAUACAUCUAUGACGUCACGUUCUGUUGUGUUGUUUCUAUUAUAAUUUCGUGUUUUUGAUUUCGUUCUUCACUAGUUAAAUUUACAAUACAAAAGGUUUAUGUAAAUAAAUAUUAAUGUUUGAUAUUAC